UAUGAGUGCUGUGUACCUGUGAGUCCCUUUGGUCAUAUACACUUCACCUACUUUGCUUCCUCACUCUGUCCGGUUCGAUCACCGCUCAUCUUUCGCCUUUUGCCCUUCACCUGCGACACAUUCGCUCGUUGCAUACCUUGAAGGAGACAUCGCAAGCCAAGGACGUGCUAGCCAACCUCGACCUCCACAUCCAUCCGCCCAUCCAUCCACCCACCCAUCUGCUCGAUCACUCCAUCAACACUCAGAAGCCGUCACCCAUCCACAUCUGCGACGUGCGCUUCAAAGAUGGCGACCACACUAGUAGCGCUUGUGGGUACUGGUGUUGCUCUGUCUGCAGCCUUAGUCCAGACCUCUAUCCUAUCCGACCCGGCUAAACCUCUGCGAGCUGUCUUUAGCGCAUGCACAAACCCGAGGAGAGCGAGUCUGAGUACCGACUUUACGUUGGGAAUCUUCAAACCUGCAGAUGAUGCGCUCUGCCUUGCUCUCACUUAUUUCAAAACGCUUCUAUCUGAUGGACCGGGUAUCGGCGCCGCCUCUCUGCUCGCUUCUGUACUCAUCCCAAUGCUUUUCCGACUAACGUAUAUCUCCGUCUCGCCAAAUAAUCGCACCGUGUUGCGCGGCAUUGCCUUGCCCAUUGGCUUCCUGCUCGGCGGCAUCGCGUUCGGCUUUGGGACGUUUCUCUCCUCCGUGGGCUCGCUGGUGUACAUUGCGGGGCUCUACGUUCAAGUAAUCUCUCCCAAGUCGAGCUUGCCGCUGCUGCCAAGCCCUGCUCCAGCAGUCUACGCAGCGAAUCUCGCCAACAUGAUCUUCAUUGCUAUACUCAUCUCCAUGGCGCUCUUCGAUGUGGCAGGGCAAAAUUGGCUCAAUGCGACCACCGCCUUCUGUCUCUCGCCCCUCGUCGUCUACUUCCCGCUGCUCUUUCUGGGUGUGCGGGAGACGGUGGUGCCAAAGACGGAGGAAGAGGCAAGGAAGGAGCUCGCCAGCUACAAAGCUGAGGAGGUCAGCUACUGCUACGAGCGAACCUGGGCCUACCAAAGACAAGUCUCUCUCCUCAGCUCCACGCUCUACUGGUACGGCCUGAACCGAAUCGUUAUGGACCUCAUCUUCCUCAAGUCUCCGCUAAGCUAUGCGGCCCAUUUCAUGCUCUACCAAUUCUUCGGCACCGUCUGGUUCCUCUUCCUCAUCAGGGUAGCGGAGCAUCUGACCACGCGCAGCGUUUCGCCCAUUCAUCCUAUCACGGGCCAACCGCGUUCGGACGUGCAAAAGGAAUGUUCCAUUGCCAUAGCUGCCGCUCCUGCUGGGCACCCCGCCACCGAGACUGGCUUGCUCGGCAACAGCCUUGUCGCAAUCCUUGCUGGACCUGGAACAGCUAUGAGUCUCUGGUGGGCUCAUGGAGAGGAGCGGGGUGGCUGGAUGGCUAGAAGAGCAUGGAGGGAAACCCAGGCAGUGGGAGCAAAGGCGGUGGCAGACAGCAAAGCUAUAACAGAUGGCCAGCAUGCCAAGCGGGAAUAGAUCUGAAAAAGGAGAGAGAGAAAGAAAAGGGGUCGAAGAAGGAGGAGAGCCCAAAGCACAGUGAUCAACAGGGGUCAGCGGUAGCUCCAAGGAGACAGGGUGUGCGGAAGCGCAAGGGAACGAUUUGAUGAGACUACCUGCUGCGUGUCUACCCUCCAAAAGCGCCCCUCAAAUAUGCGCGAAAAGAUGGUUGGGUAUUUAAGAAGCCUGUCACACGAUAUUGUAUUCUCAACGAAUGGUGCCAAAAGCAUUGCGCGAAUGCCCUGCUUUUGUUGCGUGACGCAAAACUGACUGGUACAGCCGGUAGAAAUCAACGUAUACCAAAUUGCAAGAGAAAUUCCAGGAUGGAAUGCACCACAGAUACGUGGUGUGACGGUGCUUUGCCAGAUACGAGCUGGUCCGAGCUUGCACUGGGCCAUUGUCGCCCAAGUUCUCAAGCAGAGACACCAUGGGGAACACGAGUCUUUCC